UGUGGUAGACUUGUUGUAGUAGACUUGGUGUAGUAGACUUGGUGUGGUAGACUUGGUGUGGUAGACUUGGUGUAGUAGAUUUGGUGUAGCAGACUUGGGGUAGUAGACUUGGGGUAGUAGACUUGGGGUAGCAGACUUGGGGUAGCAGACUUGGGGUAGUAGACUUGGGGUAGUAGACUUGGUGUAGUAGACUUGGGGUAGUAGACUUGGUGUAGUAGACUUGGUGUAGCAGACUUGGGGUAGUAGACUUGGGGUAGCAGACUUGGGGUAGCAGACUUGGGGUAGUAGACUUGGGGUAGUAGACUUGGGGUAGUAGACUUGGUGUAGUAGACUUGGUGUAGCAGACUUGGGGUAGUAGACUUGGGGUAGUAGACUUGGUGUAGUAGACUUGGUGUAGCAGACUUGGGGUAGCAGACUUGGUGUAGUAGACUUGGUGCCCCUCCUGGCUCAUAGACCCCUUCAUGCUGGUCCUUUAAGAGCUAAUUGGAAUGCCACCGCGUGUUGAGUGACCUGCGGAGGGUCACAGGCGUCUGCUAUAUUUACCGGCUCUGUAACUCGAGCUGUUGCAUUCUGGGCCGCUGUGCUCAUACCGUCCUCUCUCGGCCGCCCCGGCAGUUCCACAUCGCCUCCUGCCUCUCGGCCCGGCCGCUCAGAACCACCAGGGUGAGCCUCCGGACCCGACCCGACCGCCCCCCCUCAGGAGUGAUCCGUGUGAGACAGCCUGUGUGUGUGUGUUUGUGUGUGUUUGUGUGUGUGUGAGUGUGUUUGUGGACACCACGGGUUAGCAACAGUAGGAUGAGCUGUCUGAGAGCCAUUGCAGCCUGCGGGGACUGACACACACACACGCUGCUACAAAUACGGCAGGCUGGGAGUCGAUGCAUCCUCCCAGAGGCUCGCGCUCCUCCCCGGCUGAGAAACCAGCAGCAUGUCCCGCGUCUCCUCCACCGCCAAGCGCUACGCCGGCCCCUCCUAUACCAGCCACUACGGCUCCUACGGCUCCUCGCUGACCCCGGGCCUCGGCUCCUACGGCGAGCGGGACAGGCUGUCUACCUACAAGUCCCCCACCUCCACCUCCUCCUCUUCCUCCUCCGCCUCUUCCUCAGGUUACUCCUCCUCCAGCUACCUGAGCGGCUCCGCCGCCCGAAGUCGCAACUACAGCACCUCCUCAGAUCCGGACCGGGGUCGCACCGUCCCGCGCACCGACAUCCUCGGGAGCAGCAGCAUCAGCAGCCGCAGGAGCGAGAGCCUCAGCAGAACCCCCGUCAGGAGCUAUGGGGGGUCGGGGCUGAGCGGGGGGGCGGCCUACACCAGCUACGGUUCCUACUCCUCUUCCCCCUUGGCCCAGUCCAGCUACCUCUCCUCUUCACAGUUGUCCUCCAGCAUCGCGCUCAACCGCCGGAGAUCCGUGUCCCAGAGUGACUUGAGCAGGGACCUGGCCUCCCUGCGCCUCAGCGAUGCCUCUUCCUCCUCCUCCUCCAACCCGUCCUCUUCCACCAGUGCCCUGCGGAGCUACCGCAGCCGGGCCACCGACGUGGCCAACUCCUACGGCACCGGCGCCCGUCCGGCCUACUCGGGCCUCUCGCGGAGCUCUACCCAGGAGGCCCUCUCGCGGAGCUCUACCCAGGAGGCCCUCUCGCGGAGCUCCACCCAGGAGGCCUUCAGCAGCAGCAGAGCAGCAUUGAGCUCUUCGUCGUGGGAGCCGAGCAGCUCCGGGCGGUCCGGCUCCCCCACCAGGGACUCCACGAAUUCAAAGAGUGCCCAAGGCCUGGUGGGGCUCAAGAACCUGGGAAACACUUGCUUCAUGAACAGCAUCCUGCAGUGUCUCAGCAACACUCACAGCCUGCGAGACUACUGCCUGCACAACGCGCACCGCAGAGACCUUAACCACAGCCGCAGCAACACGGCCCUCAUGGAAGAGUUCGCCAAGCUGAUCCAGACCAUGUGGACGUCGUCCAGCAGCGAAGCCGUCAGCCCGUCUGAGUUCAAGACCCAGAUCCAGAGAUACGCUCCCAGAUUCGUGGGCUACAACCAACAGGACGCUCAGGAGUUCCUGCGGUUCCUCCUGGACGGGCUGCACAACGAGGUGAACCGGGUCUCCGUCAGGCCCAGAGGCUCCACGGAGGACUUCGACCACCUGCCGGACGAGGAGAAAGGGAAGAAGAUGUGGAGCAAAUACCUGGAGAGAGAGGACAGCAAGGUGGUCGACGUGUUCGUGGGGCAGCUGAAGAGCUCUCUGACCUGCAGCCACUGUGGCUUCUGCUCCACGGUGUUCGACCCCUUCUGGGACCUGUCUCUACCUAUCACCAAGAAGGGCUAUGGGGAGGUGAGUCUGAUGGACUGCAUGCGGCUCUUCACCAAAGAAGACGUCCUCGACGGAGACGAGAAGCCGACCUGCUACAGGUGUAAAACCAGGAGGAGAUGCACCAAGAAGUUCACCGUGCAGAAGUUCCCCAAGAUUUUAGUGCUGCACCUGAAACGCUUCUCUGAGGCGCGACGGACCAGCAAGCUCUCCACCUUCGUCAACUUCCCCCUGAAGGACCUCGACCUGCGGGAGUUCUCCUCCGAAAGCAGCAGAGACGCGGUGUACCACCUGUACGCCGUGUCCAACCACUCAGGCACCACGAUGGGGGGGCACUACACGGCCUACUGUCGCAGCCCCAGCUCGGGGGAGUGGUCCACCUUCAAUGACUCCAGAGUAACGCCAAUGUCCUCCAGCCAAGUGCGCAGCAGCGACGCCUACGUCCUGUUCUACGAGCUGGCUUCCUCCUCGCGCAUGUGAAGCUCUGACGGACAGCUGGAGAGAAAAAAGAAAUGGAGUGCUGGUGGAGCCCGGACUUGUUUUUUUGACAUAUAUCUCACACACACACACUCAUGAACACACACACACACACACACUCAUGAACACACACACCUCCACCAGCCUGCAGGCUGCUUCUCUCCAUCAGGGAGGAACCACAGGAACCACGUUCUCUCUCUCCGUCUUCACUCUUCUGUCCUUCUCUUUCUGUGUGUGUGUGUGUGUGUGUGUGUGUGUGUGUGUGUGUGUGUGUGUGUGUGUGUCACAGGGCAAUAAUCCCAUCUGACGACCCUCCGGUGAAUCUGUCCCUCUCUAUGCACUGCAAACACACCUCUCCUCUUCCUCCUCUUCCUCUUCUUCAGCUCUCCUCGUUGGCCUCAAAACAUUAAAAACUCACUUGUUGCAA